AUGGUGCAGAGGUCGCCGGUGGUGGGAAGGGCGAGCGAGGAGGGGAAGCUAGAGAGGCUGAUCAGAGAAAUGAGGGAGGAGAUGAAGGUACAGGGGAGGGAGACAAGGGAGGAGAUAGGAAGAACUAGGGAGAUGAUGGAGGAAUGGGAGGAGAGAUGGAGAAGGGAAAGGGAGGAGAUGGAGGAUAGAAUGGAGAGUUUAGAGAGAAAGAUGGGGAAGGUGGAGUUGAAGGAAGGUAGGUUAAAGAGAGUAGUGGAGAGGAUAGAGGCGAUGGGGACAGGAAGGGCAUGGGAGGGCCGCGGAGAUAAGGCGGGCUGGGAGAGGGAGGGGGAAGAGUGGGAAACAAGGGUACAGAAGCUGGAGAGAAAAUUAGAAAUGAAAGAGAGGGAAGAGAGAAGGAGGAGCGUUAUAAUAAAGAGGGUAGGGAGGGAGGGAACGGCUAUGCAAAGGGCUAGAGAAAUAUUGGCAAUUGUAGGUGUACGAGGGGGAAUUGUGGGGGCAAGGGAGGUAGGAGGAAGAAUGCAGGAGAGGAAGGAGGUGAUGCUGGAGGUGAAGUUGGAAUCAACGGAGGCAAAGAGGGAGGUGAUGAGGAACAAAGGGAGGUUGAGGGGAAGGAAAGAGAGAGUGGAGGACGAUAUGACGUGGAGGGAGAGGAGGAUGCAGUGGCAACUUAGGAGGAUAGGAGUGGAGGAGGAGGUGAAGGGAAGGAGAGUGAGGGUGUUCUACGGAAAGAUUAUGGUGGAUGGGGCGAUGUGGUUUUGGGACGAGCGGAGGGAAGUACUCAGAGACUGGAGGGGGAGAGAGGGGAGUAGGGAGGGAGGGAGGAGAAUGGAGGGACAGGUAGAAAGAAGGAGUGAAGAAAGAGGGAGAGCAAAAAACUAG